AUGGAGACUAUGGAGAGUUUCUCAAAAUUUAUGACACCUUUGGGCAUAACAAUUCUAACAUCAAUAAAGCCGAAGAAAGGUUGCUUAAUUCUGUUCGUCUCCUCAUCCUCCAAAGAUGUGAUGCCUUCGGGUCCGCUGUACAAUGGCUAUGUAUGUAUACUCGCACAGAGUACAACAACAAAAACAAUAAGACGAAGAAGGGAAAAUUACAUACAUAAAAAGGCAAUGGGAUGGAUAGAAAGUGUAAACGACCACCAACAGACGACAGAAGCAAACCAGAAAAGGAGACAAGAAUCAUAUACAGCAGAAAAAAACACGUCUCAUUCAGUGUUGAACAUUUGA